CUUGCGGCGUGAUGGCUACACCGUCCAGGUGAACGUCAACGAUUAUCUGGACAUCUACUGUCCGCACUACAAUGAGACUAUGGCCGACCAUAGGAUGGAGCAAUACAUUCUUUACAUGGUGAACUAUGAGGGCUACAGGACCUGCGACAUCAGCCAGGGCUUCAAACGUUGGGAAUGUAAUCGCCCGCACUCGCCCCACAGCCCCAUCAAAUUCUCCGAGAAGUUCCAGCGGUACAGCGCCUUCUCCCUGGGCUAUGAGUUCCACGCGGGCCACGAAUAUUACUACAUCUCCCAACCGACCCACAACCACCGGCGCUCGUGUUUGAAGAUGAAGGUGUUCGUGUGCUGCGCCACCACGGCUCACUCAGGCGAGAAGCAAUCCCCCACCCUGCCGCAGUUCACGAUAGGACCCGAGGUGAAGAUUGAAGAUCUAGGGAACUUUAACCCGGAGGUGCCGAAGCUGGAGAAGAGCAUCAGUGGGACGAGCCCGAAGAGGGAACACUUACAUUUGACUGUGGCCGUGUGUCUGAUUUUAAUGACGCUCUUGGCAUCUUAG